UGCAAGGUGACAGACUGUCCUCAGGCUGAACACAGGGUCCGCUGAGUUGGGGUGAGGGGAGCCAGGCAGUGCCCAGGCCUGGUGAACCCAGAUGAGAAGGCUGAGUGUGGUGGGUUAUGCCCAGCAGAUGGAGAAGAUGAUCGUCAGUAUGCAGGACCCCGACAUGGGCAUCAAGAUGAGGAACCAGCGCCUGCUCAUCACUGUCAUCCCUCACGCCAUGACAGGGAAUGACAUUGUGGAGUGGCUCAUCCAGAAGUAUGGCAUCUCUGAGGAGGAGUCGCUGCACCUCGGCAACUUGAUCGUGAAGCAUGGCUACAUCUACCCGCUCAGAGACCCCCGCAGCCUGGUGCUGCGGGCAGAUGAGUCACCCUACCGCUUCCAGACCCCCUACUUCUGGACCAGCACCAAAUGGCCAGCCACGGAGCUAGAUUAUGCAAUUUACCUGGCCAAGAAGAACAUCCGCAAGCAGGGUGACCUGAUUGAGCACGAGAAGGAUAACUACAACCUCCUGCACAAGCGCAUCAACCACACCUGGGACUUCGUAGUGAUGCAGGCACGAGAGCAGCUCCGGGCAGCCAAGCAGCGGCGGAAGGGCGACCGCAUUGUCAUCGACUGCCAGGAGCAGGCCUACUGGCUCGUCAACCGGCCCCCGCCAGGAGCCCCCAAUGUACUGGAGCAGGGUCCAGAGCGCCGGAACAGCCACACCACCCGUGUCCAGCUGGUGAGCAGGGGCACAGGCACCCCUGGGGCUGCCAGUGAGCACAGGACCAAGAACAUGGAUUACUACAAGAGGGAGAUUGAGUACUGCAGGAAAGCCAUGGCCAGGACCAGGGUGAAAUCCUCCAUCUGCCUCGAGGGGUACAUCAAGUUCAAUGAGCAGUACGUGCCUCAUGACCCCAUCAUGUCUGGCUGCCUGCCCAGCAACCCCUGGAUCACGGAUGACACCACCUACUGGGCCAUGAAUGCCCCCACGGUGCCAGCCCCUACAAAGCUGCGUGUGGAGCGUUGGGGCUUCAACUUCAGCGAGCUCCUCAUGGACCCUCUGGGCCGGGCACAGCUCCUGGAAUUCCUCAAGAAGGAGUUCAGUGCUGAGAACUUGAGCUUCUGGGAGGCGUGUGAGGAGCUGCGCUAUGGGGAGCAGUCCCGCAUUGAUGAGAUCGUGGACUCCAUCUACCAGCAGUUCCUGGCUCCCGGGGCCACGCGCUGGGUGAACAUCGACAGCAAGACCAUGGAGAGGACGCUGGAAGGCAUCAAGACGCCCCACCGCUACGUGAUGGAUGAUGCCCAGAUGCACAUCUACAUGCUGAUGAAGAAAGACUCCUACCCACGGUUCCUCAAGUCAGACCUCUACAAGAACCUCCUGGCCGAAGCCAUCAUCCCUCCAGAGACCAAGAAGCAGCGGGUUUUCCCCUUCAUGCGCAAGCAGCGGCACUCCAGCCCCAGCCCGGCCCUGCUCCUGCCCGCGGGUGACUCUGAGGAGAGGAGCAAGAGCCCAGCAGCAGCCCCCGUCCCCGAGGAGGAGAGCUGAGGGCCUCGGCCCCCUGCCAACACAACACGGGAGACCCCUUGGGCUCGGUUACGGACCCCCAGCACGCCCCGGCCCCGCCGGCAGUAGCACUGAAGGAGAGAAGCCAUAUGCCCCCCUGGCAACCCCCCAGAGCCAAGCUGGCCUCCAGGCAGCCCCAGCUCACAUCCCUGCACCCUCCCCACCCUCAGGGACCCUGCACUCAGCUGGUUUGGUGUAGGGUCCUCCCUCCUCCCACUCCCUAGGCACAAGACAAUAAAAUCCCCGUGGGGAA